CAGCCGUGCAUACUCGCGGUGUUGUUGGUGACAUGUACUCUCCACACCGUGUCCGGCUUGAACCGUCUCGCCUCCGAUCUAGUACUUGCCGCGUUCCGAGUACUACUUGUCGGAGCGUUCAUGCUCGGCACACCUCGGACGGCUUCUAGAUCUCCGGAACAGAGAGCUCUCCUCUCGUCUAUACCCCGCGACAUUCGAACGGUGCUGCACGCUUUCGAUAUCGAGCCGCCAAUCAUCCGUUUUGCGACAUGC